CGUCGAGUAUCGUCACCCAGCAAAUGCUGGUGAUAUAACAGUGGUGUUUGUUGUAUUCUUUUCCUUGCUUGAUGAUCUUAUUCAAGCUUUCCUCUCACACUCUUCUUGCGGAGAGGACAGACCAGUAGUAGCUGGCAUAUUUACUUGCCACCCAUAUAAAUUAUAAUGGCUUAGCAGCGGCAUACCUACCACCUAUAAAUUUUGGACACAGGAUUCCCAGCCCGGAUUUUGGUUGCGGACGUUUCCGAUGAGCGCAGUUAAUCAUGCGGUAUCGCUGCACAAUCAGUCACCCGCAGCUGCCAGUUCUGCUGCUGAUGAAGUUUCUGGUUGUGCACUUCCUGGCUUGUGAUGGGUCGAGUGCAUUACUUCGUUCACAAAGCGUGGCAGUCAGCAACUCCGGAGAAAACGUUCACUAUGCAAAGGGGGACUUGAAGUCGUUGGGAAGAACGGAUGUGACUGCAAAGGACUUUGUGAGGUGCAAUGAGCGCCCAGCAGCGCCCGAAUCCAUGAGCCUUGAUGUGUGCCCUGUGGGGUUCAGCACUAAUGUCACCACAACCCAGUGCUGUUUACUCAAGGUGGCUGUCCUCCAGCAACUGCAAGAAACAACUAGACCAACCAAUUGCUGUGCGGAUGGGCAGUGUCCUUUGUCUGUCAGCAGUGUCGUCAGCCAUAGCUACAUAUGCCUCGACGACUCUCAUAAUAACACUCACAAAGCGGAAGGGCAACGAUUUGAUAACAUCACCCGUCUCCUGCAGUGCUGUUCAUCUGUUUGUUGCAUUGGCCGUCGCGAUUCAGAGGACAGUCUGGAUGCAAAAACAAGGGGUAAGCGAUGGAUUGUGAUCCUCUCCCUGGCUGUGUCCGGCUCUGCACUUAUCGUCAUAGUCAGUGCUCUCUACAUUUGCUGGCGGCAGGCCGCGCAUGAAAAGCACUCCAUUAAGUUCUCUCCCAUGAAGCGACGCUACCAGGCAAUUCGCAUGAGUCCACCGGCCCUCCAGGUAACAUACCGCGACGAUAUUGACACGUCGGAGCUCAUCUUCCCCGCGCCGUCAGCAAAACCAGGACCUGCAGCGAAACCAGCACCAAAGAAGAUUGCCAGUGUCAGAGCUUACGGGAAACAGAAUCUGCUGCCAUCCCUGGACUCCUCCGUUCUGCACCUGACUUCGCAGGAGGUGGACGGCAAAUUUGAAACUGGCACGGAAGAAGUUGAGAUCGACGUGCCAUUUGUGUCGCGGACUCGCGUGCAGCCUGUGCCCAGCAUGCAGCAUCCAUACCUAGAUAGCUGAACAUCAUACCAAGAUAGCUGGCUAGCUAGCCAGUGGUAGUGAUGCAGAUCAUCAUACCAAGAUAGCUGAUAGCUGGCUAGCUAGCCAGUGGUAGUGUCCUGGCAGGUGUGAGCAUGCAGAACAUCAUACCAAGAUAGCUGGCUAGCUAGCCAGUGGUAGUGUCCUGGCAGGUGUGAGCUGUGCAGACCAUCAUACCAAGAUAGCUGGCUAGCUAGCCAGUGGUAGUGUCCUGGCAGGUGUGAGCUGUGCAGAACUAUACUCUUCAUGAAUGCACCCGCACCACUGGAUAUGAAUCAAACCAAAGCUCACAGUGACUAGACAACUUGUGUUCUGUUUCUGAUAAUAAUUGUGAUAAAUUUUGAAAAAAGAUUGUGACCUAAUUGAACUGUUA